AUGAAGUUUGUCUCCAGCAUCCUCUCCCUCGCUCUCGUGGCACUGGCCCUCGCGUCGCCUCUUGAGAAGCGUGCCUCUGCCACCGAUCCUUGCAACAUUGGCUACUGCACGCAGAACGGCGGUACGACGGGCGGUGCUGGUGGCUCGACGACGACCGUUCGCAGCGUCUCUGAGCUUCAGGCUGCGGCGGGUGCGUCCGGUCCGCGCAUCAUCUUUGUCGAGGGCUCGAUCAGGGGGGGCGCCAAGGUUGAUGUCGGCUCCGACAAGACCAUCAUCGGCCGCCCUGGCAGCAGUCUUGAGGGCGUCGGCCUCGAGGUGUACGGCCAGUCCAACGUGAUCAUCCGCAACAUGAAGAUUGGCAAGGUGCCCGCCGACUACGGCGACGCCAUCCGCCUCGUUGAGUCGACCAACGUCUGGGUCGACCACUGUGAUCUGUACGGCGACCGUAGCGUGGGCAAGGACACCUAUGAUGGCCUCGUGGACCUGUCUCACGCCGCCGACUGGGUGACCAUUUCCCACACAUACUUCCACGACCACUCCAAGGGCACUCUCGUUGGUCACUCGGACAAGAAUGCCGCCGAGGAUCAGGGCAAGUUGAGGGUAACCUAUGCCAACAACCACUUUUACAACCUCGGCAGCCGCGCGCCCCUCCUGCGCUUCGGGACCGCCCACAUUUUCAACAACCUCUACGACGCCGUCGAUACGGGCGUCAACACGCGCAUGGGCGCGCAGGCGCUGGUGCAGUCGAGCGUCUUCCAGAACUCAGGCAAGAAGGCCAUCUUCAGCGCGUCCAGCAAGGAGGUCGGCUACGCCGUGGCCAUAGAUGUCGUACUGGGCGGGCAGAGCGCCAACACGGCGCCACAGGGCUCGCUGGGGGCCGGCAGCUUCCCGUACCAGUACAGCCUGCUCGGCUCGGGAAGUGUUGCGAGCACGGUCCCGGGACAGGCUGGCCAACGCUUGAACUUGUAG